AUGGCCUUGGGUAUGUCUGCAGACCAGCGUGUGCUCCGUAACAGCGGAGCGGCUCCCCAAGGAGCUGCAAAGCUGAUUAUGGCACUGCUCACGUAUGCCUUCCAUUCUGUAUUCCAAACCGUGCGUGCGUCGCCCAUUGCACCUUGGGCAGUGACGCUGGCACACAUGUCUGACGAUGGUACCUCGGGCCAUGGAGCUGAUCCCAUUGUAGUGAACGAUCCAUGGAAGAAGACUAUCGACAUCAUCAUUAUCGGAUUCCUUGUACUGUUGGGUGGCAUUUUUGCCGGUCUUACUCUAGGCCUCAUGGGUCUUGACAUGGUCAACCUGCAAGUCCUUCUCACGUCAGGCUCGGAGCAAGAACGGGCGCAUGCGGCCAAGGUGAUGCGUCUUCUGGAGCGCGGCCGACACUGGGUGCUUGUCGUGCUGCUGCUCUCGAACGUUAUCGUUAACGAGACGCUCCCAAUUUUUCUGUCUGAGUUCGGCUCGGGCCUGACUGCGGUCAUUGUCUCGACGGUGCUCAUUGUGAUUUUCGGCGAGGUAGUGCCGCAGUCGAUCUGUGCACGAUAUGGUCUAGCAAUUGGCGCCAUGUGCGCGCCUAUGGUGCAUAUAUUUAUGAUCAUUCUCGCACCUAUUGCUUGGCCUAUCGCAAAGCUGCUGGACUACUGCCUCGGCGAGGACCAUGGCACGACGUACCGCAAGGCAGAGCUCAAGACUUUUGUCUCGCUUCACCAGCAGAUUGGUACAGAGAUCCUCAAGGAUGAUGAAGUGACGAUUAUUCGCGCCGUACUCGACCUGAACGAGAAAACCCUACGUGACGUAAUGACCCCGAUUGACGAUGUGUAUACACUGCCUGUGGACCACGUUCUGGACGAGGAUGGCGUCGAUGAAUUGGUCCAAUCCGGCUACUCGCGCGUUCCUAUUCAUGAACCGAAACGCCCUGAUGCUAUUCUCGGCAUGCUGCUCGUCAAGCAGCUUAUUCAGUACGACCCGGAAGACGCGUGGCCCGUCUCGCGCUUCCAUCUCAACCCCCUGCCAGAAGCUUCGCCAGAAUUGAAUCUGCUCGAUGCAAUUAACUACAUGCAGGUCGGUCGUUCCCAUAUGAUCUUGGUCUCUGAGCAUCCUGGUGAGCCCUCUGGUGCGCUGGGCGUUGUGACGUUGGAGGAUAUCAUCGAAGAGAUGAUCGGCGAGGAAAUCAUCGACGAGACCGAUGUGUUUGUCGAUGUGCACAACAAGAUCCGAGUAGUUCGCCAGAAGCCGGCUGGCAUCAAGCAAGACCAGUGGCAGCCGCUCAUUCGCGGUAUCAUUGAGCGUCGCCGCAAGCAUGGUGGACCCAACCAGGUGCCGCUGCAUAACAGUUAUGGCACCAUGGGUUCGCGGAGUCACAGCCAGAACAACGCCCAGAAAUAUGGGUUAGUGCCUUCGCAGAAAGCGCGCGACAAAGUUUCUAUCAAGAAAGUCGGAUCACUGCGUGGCUACGAAUCGCAGGGCGAGAUGUCGCCACGCACAUUCGACAAGUACAUACGUACACCCAGCUCCAUGAUUUCGUUACAGGGUGGCAGCGACACGGAAUUCGGUCCCGAGUCGCUACACCUGUCUGAAUCAGAGCAGGCGUGCCAUGCGAAUGGCCCGUACAUUGUGGAAAUGGGCGGUAGUCGAAACGAGCGGCCCCGCGUAUUGACCGUGGCCGAUUUGAAUGAGGAGACAGCGCACAAUAUGCGGUUGCGUGCAGCCGCGAAUACAUCGUCAACACAAGUACAGAUUGAACAAGAGCAGAUCAAGCCUUCCCAGAAGAACUAA